CGCAGCCAUUGGAACGGUUUAGUUUAAGCGUUCACACUACGCUAAAAUAUUUUCUGCUUAUGAAAAAGUUUUGAAAGUUUUCCGCAAUCACUGGGUGCUGUUCUUUAAAUCUUGGAAUUGAAUGAAAAACAAUCCGUUUUUAUAAAUUGUGCAAGUGAAUGUGAUUGAAAGAAAUAAUAAAUCAUUUUAUACAGGGAUAUUGACGAAAUUUUAAAUUAAUAUCAUUUCUAACAAUAAUUUUCGGAGAUUCAAUUGAUGAGAUAAAAUGAAGCAAUCCAUUCGAAAUAUGGACUCGUUGAGAAAAUGUAUCGGUGUUGUUAAAUUCGCAUCAGCCAAUUGGAUUUUAUGUGUGAGCAUUUGGAUGGUUGUGUUUAUAAGUUGUAGUGAAAGCGCAUCAUUGAAACGAAGUGCAUCGCCCGAUUUCAAUUCGGAAAAUUCAGAAAGCAGCAUGGACAGAAUCAAUGUGAGCUACGAUGAAUAUCCGAUGGUUGUUCCAAAACGUGCCGCUUUGUUGCUUGACCGAAUAAUGGUAGCACUUCACCAUGCGCUCGAAGAUAAUGACAGAGAAGGUAUUCAACGGAUUGCUGAAAUACACAAAAUGAGCCGGCAUCCUGCAACGAAUGUGCGUUUGGAGAAGGAAAUGCUGCAACAAUUUAAAGCUGGAACGGAAAAUGACUUGAACUACUACGAAAUCCCAGUCGAUUUGAAUGUGGAAACAAGUAUGAAUAAAAUCGAAGGACGUCAUUCAACAGAUGAAUCGAUGAUGGGAUUGCAACGAAGAGGACAUGGUGAAGCUCUUGGCACAAACAAAAACCGAGUCUAUUGGAGAUGUUAUUUCAAUGCAGUCACCUGCUUCUAAAAAUUUCCACAUAGUGAACAUAUAUUUUUUGUUUGUUUACUCCUAAUUUGCAUCCAGUUUUGUCACUUUUUCUUUUGUUUGUUUGUUUGUAUUGGUUUCAAGUUAUGAAUUAAGGUCAAAGCCGUGUUUAUUCAAUUAUUUAACAACAGUUGUCUGCAACAUUCCAACAAAAUAAUGUCAUUUAAUCCGUUUGCAAAAGUUUGAUGUCUCAGUACAUGUAAGGGAAACUCAGUCGCUGCUCUGAUAAUUCACUUAUUUUUACACGUCCAACAGCUACACUCUAAAUGAACACAUUCAAUGGAGUAUAUAAAAAUGCUAUAUUCAAAAUUGAAGCAACUUUGGAAAACAGACCAAAUGUAAAUAAAGAAUGUUUAUUUUUUAAAUCCUGCAAUAUGACGACACAUUUAUGUGGGCUAAUAAAAUACAACCAAUGAAUGCGAGAUAGGGGAAUGUGUAUGCCGAGCAUAGAUACUAAGCAAGCCAAGAUGGAGGCAUUUGGAUUUGGUCACUUACAAAAACGAUAAGAAAUUUUCGGCAAAAUCAACAUUUCGUCAUGGAUUCGUUUUUUACAUGAAGUUGACUGUGCAUAUCAUUUCAGAUUAUUCGCAGGAUACUCGUAGACUGUUCGCAUUGUGACAAUUUGCAAUUUUCAUUCACCAACUACCCGGUGAUGAUCCCAAUCAUGAAACGUCACAAUCUUAGCGUGCUGAGAUUCUAUCUAGGAUUCUAUGCUGGGCAUAUAUUUUCAGCUAUCUUGCAUUCACUGAAUGCAACGUCACACAUCAACACCGGAUACAAAGCCAAUUUGAAUCAUCCUUCGACACAAUGCAAAUAAACUAUGACAAACCAUUUACGAAACACACACACACACACACACACACACACAAUUUGUAUGAUCAGAAAUCGCAGAAUAAUUUUCAGCUCCAUGAUAACGAAACCAUUUUUAUUGAAUAUUCUAAAUGUAUUUAAAAUAUAUUGUGCAUGCAAAAUCAUCCUUCAAAUGUGAAAUCCUACUUAGCAAAGCUUCAAUAAAAGUUUAUAUGUACAAAUAAAUCGCGUUAUUUUUUAAUUACUUCGAAGUGAAUACCGGUGAGUAUAUACAUGCUUCAUGAGAUAAGAUGCAAAUCAUGUGAUAAAAUGCGUUGC